GCCUCGCUCCCGGGCGCGCGCUUCCUCCUCGCCCCCCUACCCCCAGCCCCGCGGCGCGCCCCCCGCCCCUCCCCGCGGGGCUCCGGGGGCCGAUCCCGCCGUGAAGGUUCGCGCCCCGCCGCCGCUGGUUGCGCCCCCGCGCCUCUCGGGCCUCUGGCGGCGGCGGCGGCACAAAGGGAAGCAGCAUGUCCGACCCCAGCUACUGGACGGCGGUGGCGGCGCCCGGCCACCGGAGCCGCCUGGCCAAGGGCGCGCUGCUGCAGCGCUCCAAGAGCUGCCGCAGCGGGAACCGCAAGAGCCUGGUGGUAGGAACGCCCUCGCCGACGCUUUCCCGGCCCCUGUCACCACUGUCCAUCCCAACUGCAGGCAGCAGUCCCCUGGAUAGUCCUCGGAACUUCUCAGCUGCAUCUGCUAUCAACUUCCCUUUCGCCCGGAGACGCACGCACACAUGCACGGCCUCCUGUAGCCACAUCCCACGCACAGACAGGGCUGACGGCAGAAGAUGGUCCCUCGCGUCGCUCCCUUCUUCUGGCUAUGGAACCAACACGCCCAGCUCCACUGUCUCGUCGAGCUCAUCCUCCCGGGAGCGCCUCCACCAACUUCCUUUCCAGCCGACGCCGGACGAACUAUGCUUCCUGUCCAAGCAUUUCCGCAGCUCAGAGAGCAUGGCUGAUGAGGAGGGCGGCCACCGCUCACCUCGCCUUCGCCCCCGCUCCCGCAGCCUCAGCCCUGGACGCACAACGGGGACCUUCGACAAUGAGAUCGUCAUGAUGAAUCACGUGUACCGGGAGAGAUUCCCCAAGGCCACAGCACAGAUGGAAGGCCGUCUGCAGGAGUUCCUAGCCGCCUUCUCGCCUGGCGCCCGGCUGGCACUGGCUGACGGCGUCCUGGGUUUCAUCCACCACCAAAUCAUCGAGUUGGCCCGCGACUGCCUAGCCAAGUCUGGAGAGGCGCUUGUCACUUCCCGCUACUUCCUGGAGAUGCAGGAGAAGCUAGAGAGGCUGCUGCAGGAUGCCCACGAGCGCUCAGACAGUGAGGAAGUGGGCUUUGUUGUCCAGCUCGUCCGGAAGCUCUUGAUUAUCAUCUCGCGGCCGGCGAGGCUCCUCGAGUGCCUGGAAUUUGACCCUGAGGAGUUUUACCACCUGCUGGAGGCUGCCGAGGGCCAGGCCCGCGAGGGUCAGGGCAUCAAGACGGACCUGCCGCAGUACAUCAUUGGGCAGCUGGGCCUGGCUAAGGACCCCCUCCAGGAGAUGGUGCCUCUGAGUCAUCUGGAUGACAGUGGAGGACAGCCCCCAGCACUGGAGUCCCCAGAAAGUCGUGCCCUGGUCGGCCCUUCACGGAGGAAGCCGUGCGAGAGCGACUUCGAGACUAUCAAACUCAUUAGCAAUGGGGCCUACGGGGCUGUCUACCUGGUGCGGCACCGGGAAACGAGGCAGCGCUUCGCCAUCAAGAAGAUCAACAAGCAGAACCUGAUGCUUCGCAACCAGAUCCAGCAGGUCUUCGUGGAGCGCGACAUCCUCACUUUCGCUGAGAACCCCUUUGUGGUCAGCAUGUUCUGCUCGUUCGAGACCCGGCGGCACCUGUGCAUGGUCAUGGAGUAUGUGGAAGGCGGGGACUGUGCCACGCUUCUGAAGAACAUGGGCCCGCUGCCCGUGGACAUGGCCCGCAUGUACUUCGCGGAGACGGUGCUGGCGCUGGAGUACCUGCACAACUACGGCAUCGUGCACCGCGAUCUCAAGCCCGACAACCUCCUCAUCACCUCGCUCGGCCACAUCAAGCUAACUGACUUCGGCCUGUCUAAGAUCGGGCUCAUGAGCAUGGCCACCAACCUCUACGAGGGCCACAUCGAGAAGGACACUCGGGAGUUUGUGGACAAGCAGGUAUGCGGGACACCCGAGUACAUCGCCCCCGAGGUGAUCUUCCGCCAGGGCUACGGGAAGCCAGUGGACUGGUGGGCCAUGGGCAUCGUCCUCUACGAAUUCCUGGUGGGCUGUGUGCCGUUCUUCGGAGAUACGCCCGAGGAGCUCUUUGGCCAGGUGGUCAGUGACGAGAUCAUGUGGCCAGAGGGGGACGAAGCCCUUCCCGCUGAUGCCCAGGACCUCAUCACCAGGCUGCUCCGACAGAGCCCGCUGGACCGUCUGGGCACUGGAGGCACCCACGAAGUAAAGCAGCACCCCUUCUUCCGGACACUGGACUGGGCGGGGCUUCUGCGACACAAGGCCGAGUUCGUGCCACAGCUUGAAGCUGAGGACGAUACCAGCUACUUCGACACACGCUCCGAGCGCUACCGCCACCUGGGCUCCGAGGAUGACGAGACCAAUGAUGAGGAGUCCUCCACGGAGAUCCCCCAGUUCUCGUCCUGUUCCCACCGGUUCAGCAAGUAUUGCUUCUGUUUUGUUUUGGUUUUUUGGCCGCGAGGCAUGUGGGAUCUUAGCUCCCCAACCAGGGAUCAAACCUGCACCCCCUGCCUUGGAAGGUCAAGUCUUAACCAGAAGACAGCAAGGGAAGUCCUGUUACUGUUAUUUUUAAUUGCUUCCCACGAGACAGCAAGGGAAGUCCCAUUACUGUUAUUUUUAAUUGCUUCCCAGGUCUACAGCAGCUCUGAGUUCCUGGCCGCUCAGCCCACCCCAACCUUCGCCGAACGGAGCUUCAGUGAGGACCGGGAGGAAGGGUGGGAACGCAGCAGCGAGGUGGACUAUGGGCGUCGGCUGAGCACCACCGAGGUCCGGCUGAGGUCCUGCACAUCCUCUGGUUCCUCCUGCCACUCAUCCUCUUCCCAGCCUGAGCGGGGCCCUAGCCCAUCUCUCCUGAGCACCAUCACCCUGGACACGAUGCCCAAGUUUGCCUUCUCAUCAGAGGAUGAGGGAGCUGGCCCAGCUCCUGUGGGCCCCAAAAGGCCCGUCUUCAUUCUAGGGGAGCCCGACCCACCCCCAGCAGCCACCCCAGUGAUGCCCAAGCCCUCAAGUCUUUCUGCUGACCCAGCUGCCCUCAGCCACGCGCGCCUACGAAGCAACAGCACUGGUGCCCGACACUCCACGCCGCGGGCCCUGGAUGCCGGCCGGGGCCGCCGCCUCGGGGGCCCGAGAGACUCAGCCCCUGAGAAAUCCAGGACGUCCCCCAGCGGCGGUCGCGUGCCCAAGUCAGCCUCGGUGUCCGCCCUGUCACUCAUCAUCACGACAGAUGACGGCAGCGGCGGCCCCCUCAUGAGCCCCCUGUCCCCACGCUCGCUGUCCUCGAACCCGUCGUCCCGUGACUCCUCUCCAAGCCGCGACCCCUCCCCCGUGUGUGGCAGCCUGCGGCCCCCCAUUGUCAUCCACAGCUCAGGCAAGAAGUACGGCUUCAGCCUGCGGGCCAUCCGCGUCUACAUGGGCGACAGUGACGUCUACACCGUGCACCACGUCGUGUGGAGCGUGGAGGAGGGAAGCCCCGCCCAGGAGGCGGGCCUGCGAGCCGGGGACCUCAUCACCCACGUCAACGGGGAGUCUGUCCUGGGACUGGUACACAUGGACGUCGUGGAGCUGCUGCUGAAGAGUGGCAACAAGAUCGCCCUACGGACCACGGCCCUGGAGAACACCUCCAUUAAGGUGGGCCCUGCACGGAAGAACGUGACCAAGGGCCGCAUGGCGCGCAGGAGCAAGCGGAGCCGAAGGCGGGAAACGCAGGAGCGGCGGAAGUCGCUCUUCAAGAAGAUCUCAAAACAGUCAUCCGUGCUACACACCAGCCGCAGCUUCUCUUCCGGCCUCCACCAUUCCCUGUCAUCCAGCGAGAGCCUCCCGGGCUCACCCACCCACAGCCUCUCCCCCAGCCCCACCACGCCCUGCCGCAGCCCGGCUCCCGAUGCCCCAGCAGACACAGCGUCUCCACCCAGUGUAUCCCCAAGCUCCAGCAGCCCUGCAUCUCCAGCUGCCGCUGGCCACACCCGACCCAGUUCCCUGCAUGGCCUGGCCGCCAAGCUCGGGCCACCCCGCCCCAAAGCCGGCCGCCGCAAGUCCACCAGCAGCAUCCCACCCUCCCCGCUGGCCUGCCCACCCGUGCCUGCGCCCCCACCCUGCUCACCCUCACCCCUGCCAGGGCACCCGCCUGUGCCCGCCCGGUCCCCAAGGCUGCGCCGAGGCCAGUCAGCUGACAAGCUGGGUGCAGGUGAGCGGCUAGAUGGGGAGCUGGGGCGCCGCAGCCGCGGGCCGGACUCUGAGCUGGUGGUCAUGCGGCGGCUGCAUCUGUCCGAGCGCCGAGACUCCUUCAAGAAGCAGGAGGCUGUGCAGGAGGUGAGCUUUGACGAACCACCUGAGGAGGCCACUGGGCCACCCACCUUGGUGCCGCAGAUUGCCGUGGAGGGCGCUGAGGCUGUGCCAGGUGCCCUUGGACCCUCAGAGAAAGACUAAUCCCCCUACCUGGCCUCUCCCUGGCCUGGAAGUCAACGCAUUUUUUGUGGAAUGUGUUUUCCGUAAGUGGAUGGAGACUAAGCCACCAGCCUAUGGCACCUGGAAGAUGGGAAGCCAUCGUAGUUCUUGCUGGAAGGUGCCUCCUUCGUGUUCUGGAGCCGAUCAAUUAGGCGGGCCACAGGAGCAGGAAUGGGAGACUAGGGUGGCAUUGUAAAUAGCAGCAAAUCCCUGCAACUAAUUUAUUACUUUUUAUAAGCGAUAGCCAGACCCAGCCGCCACUGUUAAGGUGGCUGCCCAGGUCUUGUCCCAUGCACUUGGGACCCAUUUGUAGACUGUGCCCCCUGGGCUGAGAAGGAAGCACUUUGGACAAGUCAACGUGUGUUCGUGUUUUAUGGUUUUUCUGUACUUUUGAAGUUUUUUUGUGUUACUUGAUCUCAUCCCUGACUCAAGACCCACAGAUUUGAAGGGAUGCAACCAAGCUUACCUGUCCAGGCCCAGUUUGGAUGACUUGGAGAGUCUGUAAACAAUUCCCCUCUAUGACAGAACAAAGUAAUCUUGAUGAUGGACUGGAUUCUGAAGGCUACUUCCCACCAUCAUAGCCUCCAUCCCUAGCCCAGCCUUGCUAGAGUGUGCCUCCAGUCCUGUAGGCUUAGGGGAUGUGGGAACCAGGGCUUUGAUGUAUGAGUAGAAGUUCGCCGGAUCUAGGCAGAGGGGUCACCCACUUCACAGGCAGACACUGAUGCCAUGGGAGGCAGAGGCCUCAAAGGACGCUGCCAGGGUAGAAGAAUGUCAACCCUGGACAAGGUUUUUUGUAUUUGAUGCCCACUAGGGUGAGAACUUGACCAUGAUGUCUGAAACACUCCCUGGGGGUGUUUCAAUACGUCAGAGUCUUGCAGGGAUGAAAUUCCAGUGAGAAAAUCCAACUGGGGAGCAGUGAGGCCGGAGUUGGAGUCUUGGCUUCACUGUUUGGCUCUGGGAGAAUGACUUCCCCACUCUGUGCCUCAGUUUCCUUGUGUUUACAAAACUAAUCCCAAUGACUAUUUAUUAAGCACCUACUGUAUGCCAAGCGCUUCUGCUUGUGGCUUCUCCCGCAGCCAGCCUUGAGAAGGCUGGAGGUGGUGUCGUCAUCCCCAUUUUUCAGACAAAUAACUAAGGCCUGGCAAGGGGUGGAGACUCGCCCUACCAUUGCCUGGUAAGAGGCAUGCAGCCAGGCCCUGUCCUGGACGUUGUAGUUAAGGGAGCUUGAAUGGAGAAUCUGUUGUCAGAUACAGCACUUGUCAGAUACAUCCAGCUUCAGCUCUCUCCCCUGUAAUGCGAUGUGACCCACUGGGCUUCUCAGAGCUUCCAUUUCCCAUUCGGAGGUGACUAGCAAGAUCACUGUGCCCUACAUGGUAAGGGCACUUCCCAGGCACUGCAGCCCACUCCGCAUUCCUUCUGGAGACACCCACGCAGCACUGCCUGGUUUUGGAGCUAGAUCAAGGCUGUGCAUGACUUGCUCCCGCCUUCCAUCCUGGAGCUGUCGGUGAAUAAAAGCCCACAUUUACAAA